AUGAAUAGUUCAUUACCGGCUGAAAGACAUAUUACACUGAUCAUUCAUCUAACGAAUAGUAUCUUUCCAUUGUUAAUUUUACCAUUAGCAACCAUCGGUAAUUCGCUUUGUUUCCUCGUAUUUUGCCGACCCAAAUUUCAAAAACGUCUUACGCGUACAUCCUCUGUAUGUGUACGCGUAUUGUGUAUUAAUGAUCUGAUUCUCUUAUAUUUAUUUAUUAUUGACAUCUUUUUAAAAGUCUAUAUGAAACCACCAAUACGGAUCUAUUCAACGCCAACCGGUUGUCGGUUGUAUAAGUGUAUACGUUAUUCUAUAUUAGAUUUUUCAGCCUAUAUACAACUGGGCUUAACGACAGAUCGUUUCAUUUGUUGCGUUUAUCAUACGUACUAUUCGCGCUGGCGUAAACGAAACUAUUUAUUUUAUUUAUUAGGCAUUGCAUUCGUCUGCAUAUUUGCGAAGAACUCCUCGUUUUUGUCACCAUCCUAUGGAUAUUACUCAAUCAAUACUAGUAAUAAUCAUACCACAGUUAAAUGCUCGGUGAAGAUUAAAGCGAUCUAUUUUACAAUGUAUAUGGCCUAUGGACAAUCACUAAUUGAUAUGGUUUUUAUCACCUGUAUACCAUUUUUUCUUAUUCUGUAUUUCAAUUCGCGAAUUUUAAGACAAGUUGUACGUUUACGUACGGAAUGUUGGAGUACAUUCACGCGAAUAAUGCACAUCGCACCUGCCCGUUCCGAAAGUUCCUUUUCACUAUCUACAAAUAUUCCAGCAUAUGGGACAGCGAAUACAACCGUUAUUAUAACAGCGCAUCGUGCAAGGCAUCGGCGUCUGCAUUUGACGUUUGCACUUGGAUGUAUAUCGUUUAUAUUUAUGUUUAGUACAGCACCAUAUAAGAUAUUUAAGAUCAUCGAAAGACACGAUAAAGUUAUUCGAGAUCAACAUAAGCAUGGCGCUCAGAAAUCUAUACAUAUACUAUUAGCGGAAGUUAUUAUCGAUUGUUUUGUUUAUUUGUCAUGUUCAACGCCGUUUUUUGUUUGUUUUGCUACGUCGAGUAUUUUUCGUGAUGAAUUACGACGAGUUUUUCAAUAA